CACCCACACGUUCACAUGUAUCAUAAACCUGCUGCACUUCAAACUGGCUUUCACUUGUGGCACCAGUGGCACUGCACAGCGCAGACCGCGGCAAAGAUGGAGUUCGCCUGCAGUCACGUUGUGUGUAACUGGAGGCCUGAUGGGGCAGGAGUUUCUCUUCUCGAGCUGCAGUAUGACAACGUAGUGACAGUCACACAGCAGGACGGUCCACCUCCACCUCCGUUGCCUCCUCGGCGUCUUAAAAAACCCCGGCCGACCUCUCUGCCUCUCCCCCUUCCUGUCCCCCACUUUCAGCCUGCACUCGGUCCUCCCUCCCUCCCUCCUCCCGUCCCACCCAGAGUUGACAAGCAGGAAGGAAGAGGUGGGCUGAAAGCCAACGUCAACGUCGUCUCCCUCAGCGUUGCAAAACUGGUGGACAUCAGCAAAGCCUCAGGCCUGGAGACUUUUCAGAGCCCAGUGAAUUGUGGGAAAUGUAGUGCUGCCCUGUCAUGUCUGAGUUCUUUGCAGAUGAAUGUUUGGCUGUGUGAGUUCUGCGGACGUGAGAACAGUGUGAACAACAGCAUGGACAAAGUGUGUGUCGGUCAGCGUGCAGGUGUGCACAGUGAUGACGUUUACCUGACCAGUCAGAGCGAUGACGACUACCAGAACUUGGAGGACACGAUGGUGGUGUUCUGCGUGGACAUCUCAGGCAGCAUGAGUGUCACUACAGAGGUCAAAUCAAGCAGUGGAUCUCAGGCCUACAUAUCCAGACUGGAGGGUAUCCAGGAUGCCCUCCAGAGGACGCUAUCGUCCCUCCUACAGCAGUCCCCACACAGGCGAGUGGCUCUGGUCACGUUCAACGAUGAGGUUGUGGUAUACGGUGAUGGUACUAGUACUCCUCUGACUCUCAGGGACUGGGCGCUGGUUGACUAUGACCACAUAUGGGAACGCAGUGCGGCUUACAGCAUCCCUCACUGUAUUGCUGAGACCUACAACCAACUAAUCCAGAGGGUCAAAGACCUCAGGGAGCACGGGGCUACGAGUCUCGGUCCUGCAGCGUUAGCCUCGGUCGCAAUCGCGUCGAGGUACCCAGGCUCAAAGGUGAUUUUGUGCACCGAUGGCAAAGCUAACAUCGGCCUGGGCAAGGCGGAGGAAAGUCCCUCUCUGUUUUCCUCUGGGACGCCAUAUUUCUACCAAAAACUGUCUCAACAGGCUGUGGGGAGUGGAGUCAUAAUAUCAGUGAUGACUUUUGAGGGCACUGAUUGUUGCCUGGCAGACGUCGGGAGCCUGGCGGACACGACUGGAGGACGGGUGAACAUGGUGAGCAUCGGCACCGUGGCAACAGAGAUCCAGUUAGCCUCCAUCGACAACGUGCUCGCAACUGGAGUCACGGCAACCCUGCUAGCUCCUGACGGGAUGUAUUUUCCCUACGAGGAAGAAAAUAAUCACAAACUAAUAAGACAGAUAGGGAACGUGACCAGAGGGCUGGAGAUCACCGUCCAGUUUGCUGUAAAACCUGAGUUUAUGGAUGUUUUUCUCCAGAAGGCCACACUUCCAUUCCAACUCCAGCUGAGCUUCAAGACCAGAGACCAACAAAAAGUCACGCGCAUCAUUACUGAGCAGCGACCAGUUACGACCUGCAGUCGGGUUUGGGCCGGCAGCCUCAACACGGCGGUGCUUGGCGUUCACUGUGCUCAACUCUGUGCAAGUUUAACCAUGGAGGGUCGAGUGCAGGAAGCGCAGACGCAACUAAAAGCGCAGCAAGACCUGCUCAACCACAUCAGCAAGCAGAGGCCAAUCCAAAUGGAGGAGAAUAUCUACAGCAACUGGAUGGACACCAUGACAACGAUCUGUGACGACAUCACCACAGAAUCUCAAAUCCUCUCUGACGAGGCAGCUAAAGUGAUGUACCAGAUGAAGAGAGCCAGCAGUGUCAACAGCAACACAUCUGAGAGCAAAACCAAAACCAAGAGGAGGAAGAAGGCGGCUCUCAUGGGAGGAAUGUGAAGAAAAUCAGUCACCUGCGAAUACAGAGACUAGAUUUCAUAUUCAGCCAUAUUGGCUCAAAACUUAUUCGAAGCAGGCGGGACUCGAAGGAGGUUAGUUGCACAGCUGACUAGGACACAGCACUGUUCAAACUCAAACCAGAAGACUGACUGUGCUUAAAUGGCCAACCGACGGAUUCUCCACCCCAUUUAUCAUAUAUAGAGAUAUAGAGAACUGUGACCGAUGACGGUGACUGCGUGUUCGUGAAACUUGAAGAUGUGGCUGAAAACAAAGAAUCUUUUUGAUCUUUGAUCUGUCAUUUCAUUCACUGCCUUCAGUAGCAUGUGUCAAAGAAAAGAGAAGCCACAUUAGAAGGCCAAAGUGGAAGCCCGACCACAUGUGUUUUUGGCCAGAAGUUCUUCAACGGUCAGCGUUCAGGACAGGAUGUUACGGACAGCAACAAAAUUUCUCACUCGUGAGAAAUUUAGCCGAACUGAUCUGCAUUCUUUAUUUUAAUUCCUGUUUUAUAGGAAUUUUGCUUCAUCAGUGGAAACAGCUGAGGUGUCAAAUAAAAUCAUUUCUUUGUGGUUUUAAAAAAUCUCCUUUGGAUGAUGGUAUUAAUAUUGUGUAUGAAGCAGUCGUACUUGUGUGAACUGACAAACAAGCAUUUUCAUAAACAUCUGUCUCCAAAUUGUCAUAUAAAGCAACUAAUAAAAAAGGGGGGUUUCUUCUG